UUGGGUUUCCUCCAGCACCCACCCAAAGGCAUUUGCGUGAAAACUGAGAGGCGCAGCAAUGAGAAUGGAAUCAUCUUUAACGAGAGGGGCAAACAGCAGCGUAAAAAUCCAACUCAGCCCCUUAAAAUAAGGUGAGACCGACAAUUAAUGUCAAGUGUUACAGAAAGCAAGAAAAACUGUUCGUCCCAUUUACCUGCUCCCUGCUUUUUUAUUUUCCUGCCCCUAUCUUCCUCUCUCUCUAUCCAGAAAUAUGGAAAUUACACGCAUUCUUCCGCGAGCUACUACGUCUACUACUAUCCCAAGUUCCACUCCUCUCAUUUUUCUGUCUCUCUUUCUCUCUCAUGAAUGGCCCAGCUGGACUAAGAUUUAUGUGGAAGAAAAAGAAAAAAAAAUGAAAGAAUGGGAAAGAAAUGAAAGAGAAGUUUGGGCGUGUCUUCAAGUCUCUUCCAACCAUAGCCACCUUACAUUACGAUCUCUCUCUCUCAUAGGGGUCAUGUUGCUGUUACCCGAAAUACCCUUUCUGCAAGCCCCCAAAAAAUCCCAUCUUCAUCACGGUCCUUCAAAAGAACAACAUUUUCUACAGAGUUAUGAGGGCCUUUUAUGUCUCUCUUUGUCGUGGUCAGAGUUUCACAGAGAAACCAGGAAAGCCAGAACCUCUUCUUUCUUUUCUCUCUUCUGCCUAUUUCUAUCUAUGCUUUUCCCCCAUAGCUGUUCGUCCUAGGGUUUGGGGUUGUGGGUUGCUCUGAUAUUCGCUGAUCUGAUGAAGAAGAUGAAAAAGAUUGUUUCUUUCGAAUCUCCUUAUGCUGUCUGUAACGAUCAGAGGAGUAAGUAUAGGCAUCAAAGCCUCUUGCAGGACUAUGAAGAGUUGCAGAAGGAGAUGGAAAUCAUGAGAAGGAAAUUGCAAAUGUUGAAGCAAAAAAAGCUGAUGCUGUCAACAGAAGUUCGAUUUUGUAGGCAACGAUGCAGAUACCUAACGAGAAAUCCUUCUUCCAAGCUCCAACUAAAGCAAGAUGUUUCCCUGCUGCAAAAUGCUAAAAUCCAAGCUUCCAUUGUCUCUAAGAACAGAAAGUUCAGUAGAAAAGAGUCCAGCUUGCACCACCGUAUCGCAUCUCGUUCAUCAGCAGAAGAAAGGAUUUCUAAUGGGGCAGAGGGUAAAUCACAAAAAUCAGCACAUAUGUUCGAUUUAAACCGGAAUGCUAGGAAUUCUACCAGAAAAGACACUGUUUUUCUCAAUUCUGCUGUUCAACUGUUUGACUUGAAUCAAAAUGAUGGGAUUUACGGUGGGAAGGAAGUAACAAAGAAGAGUAUAACCCUGUUUGACUUGAACCAGAUAUCGAUAGAGGAGGAGGAGUUGGUGGGUGACAUUGGGCACAUGAAAGGUGAGGAACGUAAGAGAAGUACACAGAAAGGCGCAAGCGAUGAGCAGCACAGUGAUAUCAAGUUAUCAGGUUGUAGAAACAUGGGAAAUGGAUCAAAUAGGACAGGGAAGAGGAAGAUUUCAUGGCAAGAUCAGGUGGCAUUAAGGGUUUGAUCAUGGUAUAGUAGGCAGAAUCUCCUGCUCUUUUGGAAUGUUAUAGACUUACAGUUAGACAGGGUAGAUUUUCUAAGCUCUGAUAGUUUUAUGUUCUUGUGUAAAGUAUAUAAGGUACUUUUAUGCAUAUACAUAUAGAGAUGAAAUGGGGAAAUUCUGCUCUUGACAGUAAUAUCUCUCUUCACUGUUUGUUUAGUCUUUAUUGAUACUAUGCCCAAUGUACACCGACGUAGAAUUAUGAUUAUUCCAUUCGUCUUUUGGCCAAA